AUGUUAUUUACUUUAUUAAAAAGACAUUUUGGAAAUGAAUUAAAUAAUAUAGUUUGGUUGGUUUUAUUAUAUUUAAUUCAAGGUAUACCGAUUGGAUUAUCAUUUGGUACAAUACCAUUUUUAUUACAUAAACAUGCAACAUAUACACAAAUUGGUAUUUUUACAAUUAGUACAUAUCCAUAUUCAUUGAAAUUAUUAUGGUCACCAAUUGUUGAUAGUUAUUUCGUUCAAUCAUUUGGUAGAAGAAAAUCAUGGAUUGUACCAAUUCAAAUUUUAGCUGGAAUAGUUUUCAUAACAAUUAGUUUUUUCAUUGAAACACUUUUAGAACAUGCUGAAACUAAAAUAAUCUAUAUUACAAUAGUAUUCUUUUUAUUAAUAUUUUUAAUGGCAACUCAAGAUAUUGCUGUUGAUGCGUGGGCAUUAACUAUUUUAUCAAAACCUUAUUUACAUUAUGCUUCAACUUGUCAAACUAUUGGAUUAAAUACAGGAUACUUUUUAUCAUAUACAAUAUUUUUAACAUUAAGUUCACCAAAAUUUGCAAAUAAAUUUUUAAGAAGUGUACCAUCAGAAGAGGGUAUAAUAACAUUACCUGGUUAUUUACAGUUUUGGGGUAUAUUAUUUAUAAUACUUAGUAUUUAUUUAGCAUUUUUUAAAGAUGAGGAAUCAACUACAAUUACUACUACUACUACUCGUCAUGAUAAUUAUAAUAAUAAUAAUAAUGAUGAUAAAAAUAAACAAGUUAAAAGUAAAAUUGAAAAUGAGUCAAUUGAAAGUAAAUCAAUGAGAUCAUCACCAUCAUCCUUAUCACCAUCAUUAUUAUCAUCACCAGUUAAAAAACAAAAUAAAAAGAAUAAACAACAUAUUUCAAUUGAUAAAAAAGAUAUAACAAUAAUUAAAGAGAAUAAUGAGAAUAAUGAAAUUAUUGAUAAUAAUAAUAGUAAUAAUAAUUAUGAUAAUGGUAAAAAAUCAAUUGUACAAGAAACAUAUGGUAUGGAUAUUAGUGAAUCUGAUUUAACACCAAAACAAGUUUAUUAUCUUUUAUGGAAGAUUAUUACUUUACCACAUAUUAAAAUUUUAUCAAUAUUAUUCAUCAUUUCAAAAAUAGUUUUUCAACCAAAUGAAUCUGCAUUAAAUUUAAAACUAUUAGAAAAAGGUUUAAGAAAAGAAGAUAUCGCCUCGUUCUCAUUAAUUCAAUUCCCAAGUAUUAUCAUUUUCUCAAUAAUUUCAAGUAAAUGGGUUAAAAAUAAACCAUUAACAAUUUGGAGUAAUGCAUAUUUAGUUGGAGUAUUCUUUAUUUUAGUUAAUAUGUGUAGUGUAUUUUAUUUCCCAAAUUUAAAUGGUGGUGAAAUUAGUUGGAGUCAUUUCUUUUUGUUAUUGAUGAUUUCAUUAUUUUCAAGUUUCUCUUAUAAUUUAAUGUCAGUAUCACAAGGUUCUUUCUUUUUAAAGAUUAGUGAUAAAAGUAUUGGUGGUACUUAUGUAACCUUAUUAAAUACAAUUGCCAAUUUCGCUGGAACUUAUCCAAAAUUAUUUAUUUUAAUGUUAAUUGAUAAAUUAACAACAAGUGAAUGUAUUGUAAAUAUAUCAAAUGAUAAUUCUUCAUCUUCUUCAUCUUCUUCUUCUUUAAUUUCUACUUCUUCAAAUAAUUUAACAACAACAACAACAAUAAUACAAGAACAACAACAACAAGUAAUAAUACAUGAUAAUAUAUCAAAAGAACUUUGUGCCGAACAAAAUGGAAAAUAUAGAAUUGAAAGAGAUGGUUAUUAUCUCGUUGCAACUGGUGCAAUAAUUUAUGGUGUUUUUAUUUAUUUUGUUUUAAAGAGAUAUUUAACCCCAAUUGAAAAAUUAAAACUUUAA